GAGAAAAAUGAAAAAGGAGGUUUUUCAUAAAGCAAAAGAAUAUUAUUGAUACAUAAAUUUUGGACUUUGUUUGUAUUUGGCACCCACCCACAGCAAAAUAAAACAAAACAAGCACACAACCAGAGAAAGAGAAGAGAGAGAGAGAGAGAGAGAGAGUGCGAGAGAAGGAGGAAGAAGAGGCAGCAUAAGAAGAUCUUGUGAGAUCAGGCCACAACUUUUUUAGGCUGAUAGAUGACACCUAUACAUGCACAACUAGAAUGCUAGUACAUUAACAGAAGUUGUUGUUAAUCACAAUGUAACUUAUAUUGUGCAGCAUCAUGGGAAGAGAAGUUGCAGAGAUACAGGUUGUGGACAAGAAACCAAAUGGUGUUGUAGCAGCUUCAAAUGGUAGUUCUAAUGGUAAAGUGCGCAUUUCUCCUAAAAUUGCAACAGCUAAGGUUCAAGCAAAGGAUUAUGAGUUAAAGGAAUGUACUGAAGCCAAUACUUUUGUUGAGAAAUGCCAUGAGAAGGAUGUUUUGAGUGCCAAAACCACAAACUGUAAUAUUGUUGUGCUUGAGGAGGAGAUUGAGAAAUCUGAAGUGCUGAGAACAAGUGACAAUGAAAAGUUAAGCUCACCUCCUGCAAGAAAAGAGCAUACAAGUCACUCUGUUCCACAGCCAUCUGAUCUGGUUACUGAAAAGCUUGGAUCCCAUGCACAGAUUGUUGAUACUGAAGUUGUUGCAACUGAUCUGAAUUUGUCCCCAAACACUAACAACAUGCUUUCGCCUAUCUCAUCAAAGAAUUCGCAGCCAAACUCACCUUUUUCAUCAAGUAAGCCCUUGCAGCUUGAUGAUAAGAAGAACUAUGAUGAUGAAGAUAGUUGGUCUGUUGCUUCUUCUGCUUUAUCUAUGCGCACUGCUAGAUCUAAGGUAACUCUAGGUUCAGCCCCAACAUUUAGAUGCUCAGAACGUGCAGAGAAACGGAGGGAGUUUUAUCUGAAGUUAGAGGAGAAACAUCGAGCCCUUCAAGAAGAAAAGAGUCAGUAUGAGGCUAGGCUAAAGGAAGAGCAAGAAGCAGCUAUCAAGCAGUUGAGAAAGAACUUGGUAAUUAAAGCAAAUCCAGUACCAAGUUUCUACUAUCAGGGGCCUCCACCUAAGACUGAACUCAAGAAGCUGCCACUGACUCGCCCCAAGUCACCAAAACUAAGUCGGCGAAGGAGCUUAGGUGAUGCAAUGAACUCAUCUCCUGAUGUUUGCAGUCGAGCACGGCACAGCAUUGGUGGUCCUCACAUCAAAGGUGGUUCUAAUGGCCCUUUCACUCAGAAAAAUAGGGAGCAGAUCAUUCGACGCAACAGCAAUGGCGCUUGCAAACCAAAAGAACGAUCAAAAGUGGAUAAGGAAACAAAAACAGCUCCUCCUAAGAUCACUGAGCACACAAAUGCAGAUAUAUCAGUACAAUCAUGACUGAGAGGAAAAUACCCUUGGUUUUCUUUUCAUCGGGACUGACUUUUGCGUUUUGUGUUAACUUGAGGUGUAUAUGUUUUGUAAGUUAUAUUGCUACACAUUAUCUCUUAUAUAAUGAUAGAGUUGUUUAUGUAAUAUGUCUGCACCAAAGUAUGAGGUUUUCCCAGAUUAGUCCCCGGGAUUUGGUAAUUAAAUAUAAGUCCUUCUGCAGGACUAGCAUUAGGGACGUGUUAUACGGUUUCAUCUUAUGUGUAAUGGGUGUGUUUUUCAUAUCCUCAUCAUGUGAUGCACCUUUGUUCCGGAAUGCAGUUUG